AUGUGGCCACCACAGGGUCCGCAGUGCAUUAUUAGCCCAAAGACUGUAGUUCUCCUUGGGCUUCUGACUAUCUGCAAUUCCCCACAUCAUUCUGAAGGAGCACUGGAGCCAUUUAGGUCCUUCACACCUCCAGAUUGGGGUCUGACACAUUUAGCCAUUCACAAUAAGACAGGAGAUGUGUAUGUCGGUGCGGUAAACUGGAUCUACAAGCUUUCUAGCAACUUGACCAAAUUGAGAAGUCACGUAACGGGUCCAGUUGUAGACAAUGAGAAAUGCUAUCCACCUCCGAGUGUACAGUCAUGCCCCCAUGAUCUUUCCCCGAAUAGCAAUGUGAACAAGCUGCUGCUAAUAGACUAUCCCCAAAACCGACUCAUUGCCUGUGGAAGUACCUCGCAAGGGAUCUGUCAGUUUCUGCGCCUGGAUGAUCUCUUUAAGCUCGGCGAGCCACACCACCGGAAGGAACACUACCUUUCUAGUGUGGUCGAAUCAGGAACCAUGUCUGGGGUCAUCAUUUCUGAGGGUCACCUCAGCAAGCUUUUCAUCGGCACACCUAUUGAUGGAAAAUCCGAGUACUUCCCCACACUCUCCAGCCGGAAGCUGAUGGCCAAUGAGGAGGAUGCCGACAUGUUCAGCUUCGUCCAUCAGGAUGAGUUUGUCUCCUCUCAAUUAAAGAUCCCUUCGGAUACGCUGUCCAAAUUCCCAGCGUUCGAUAUCUACUAUAUUUACAGCUUUAGCAGUGAGCAGUUCGUCUACUACCUGACGUUGCAGCUGGAUACCCAGCUAACGUCUCCUGACGCAAGCGGAGAGCAGUUCUUCACAUCCAAGAUUGUUCGACUUUGUAUUGAUGAUCCCAGGUUUUACUCCUAUGUGGAAUUUCCAAUCGGAUGUACUAAGGAUGGUGUGGAGUAUCGACUAAUCCAGGAUGCCUACUUAAGCAAACCCGGAAGGCAACUUGCAAACUCCUUGGGAGUAUCCGAGCAGGAGGAUAUAUUGUUUACGGUCUUCUCUCAAGGUCAGAAGAACCGAGCCAAACCUCCAAGAGAGUCAGCGCUCUGCCUGUUUACUCUUACGAAGAUCAAGGAGAAGAUCAAGGAAAGGAUCCAGUCAUGCUAUAGAGGAGAGGGCAGGCUGUCUUUGCCCUGGUUGCUCAACAAGGAGCUACCAUGCAUCAACUCGCCUCUCCAGAUCGAUGAUAAUUUCUGCGGGCAGGAUUUUAACCAGCCUCUAGGGGGCACCAAGACCAUCGAGGGCACGCCGCUCUUCAUUGACAAAGAUGACGGGAUGACUUCUGUCGCUGCGUACGAUUAUCGGGGAAACACAGUGGUUUUUGCAGGAACACGAAACGGCAGAAUGAAGAAGGUUCUGAUUCCUUGGCUCAGUCCGCUGCCCGAGAGUGUGAGUCCACAGAGAAACAUGCUGUUCAGUCCACAGGUGACGCGUGUGCCGGUGGAGAGAUGCUCUCAGUACUCGACCUGCUCUGAGUGUCUGAGCUCCAGAGACCCUCACUGCGGCUGGUGUGUCCUUCACAACAUUUGUUCUCGUCGUGAUCGCUGUGAGCGUGCUGAUGAACCACAGAGAUUCGCUUCCAGAGUGGAUCAGUGCGUGGAGCUGACGGUGCAGCCCAACAACAUCUCCGUCACCAUGGCUGAAGUACAGCUGGUCCUUCAGGCCCGAAACGUCCCGGAUCUGUCCGCCGGGGUGGACUGCUCCUUCGAGGAUUACACCCAGACUGAAGGAACAAUACACGGAUCCCGAAUCUACUGCCUCUCACCCACAGCCAAAGAACUGGUGCCCAUCACACGCCUGCAGUGUUUGUCGUGUGUGAACGGCUCUUUUCCAUGCCACUGGUGUAAAUACAGACAUCUGUGCACUCAGAACGCAAACGACUGCUCUUUUCAAGAGGGACGAGUGAACAUGUCUGAGGACUGUCCUCAGAUCCUGCCGUCCACAGAGAUAUACAUCCCGGUGGGUGUCCCCAAGCCGAUCACGCUGUCGGCCCGGAACCUUCCGCAGCCUCAGUCCGGACAGAGGAACUACGAGUGUGUGUUCCACAUCCAGGGGGAAACACACAGCGUGACGGCACUGCGCUUCAACAGCUCCAGCAUACAGUGCCAGAAAACCACAUAUAACUAUGAAGGAAGUGACAUCAGUGACCUUCCUGUUGAUCUGUCCGUGGUCUGGAAUGGAAACUUCAUCAUCGACAACCCUUACAACAUACAAGCGCACCUGUACAAGUGUUAUGCACUGAGAGAGAGCUGUGGAUUGUGUCUGAAGGCCGACCCGAGCUUCGAGUGCGGCUGGUGUGUUCAGGACAGAAAGUGCUCUCUGCGGCAGGAAUGUGCUCAGCCGGAAAACACAUGGAUGCACGCCACUGCCGGAAACAGCCGCUGCACACACCCGCGCAUCACCAAGCUGUCUCCUGAAACCGGGCCGCGGCAGGGCGGAACCAGACUGACCAUCAGCGGAGAGAAUCUGGGCCUUCAGUUUAAAGACAUCCAGAACGGGGUGCGCAUCGGGAAAGUGUCCUGCCAACCUAUCGAGGAGGAGUACAUCAGUGCUGAGCAGAUCGUGUGCCGUCUGGCCGAUGCCACAGGUUAUCGGGUGCAGGAGGCUCAUGUGGAAGUGUGUGUGCGCGACUGUCUGCAGGACUACAGGGCGGUUUCUCCAAAAGUCUUCACGUUUGUGUCUCCGUACUUCACCCGUGUGGUGCCGUCAUAUGGGCCGAUUUCUGGAGGAACGAGGAUCACUAUUUACGGCAGUCAUCUGAACGCAGGCAGCGCCGUUUCCAUCAAGAUCGGACUCAACACUUGCCAAUUCGAGAGGCGGAGCGCCCGUGAGAUCGUGUGUGUGACUCCAGCAGGUUUGGGUUCAGGCGGGACUCCAGUGAUGGUGGAUAUAAACGCAGCCGAGCUCAGAAACCCGGAGGUGAAGUUCAACUACACUGAUGAUCCCACUAUCCUGAAGAUAGAGCCCGACUGGAGCAUCGCCAGUGGAGGAACUCCGUUAACAGUCACCGGCGUCAACCUGGCCACCGUCAGAGAGCCCAAGAUGAGGGCCAAAUACGGCACCAUCAGCUCAGUCAAUAACUGCACGGUGCUCAAUAACACAGUGAUGGUGUGUGCGGUGCCGUCGGUGGCCGGCUCUGAGAGGGGUUUUUCAGAGGUGGGCAACGCUCCGGAUGAGAUCGGCUUCAUCAUGGAUCAUGUACAGAUGCUGCUGGUGGUCAACGAGAGCUUCAGUUUCUAUCCUGAUCCGGUAUUUGAGGCCUUCGGUCCGGCCAUGCUGGAGCUCAAACCAGGAUCUCCGCUCAUACUGAAGGGCAAGAGUCUGAUCCCGUCGGCUGCUGGGAACUACAGGCUGAACUACACCGUUCUGAUCGGGGAUAAACAGUGUGUGUUAACCGUCUCAGAGACUCAGCUGCUGUGUGAAUCUCCAAACCUCACCGGACAACAUAAAGUCACUGUUCUGGCUGGAGGUUUCCGCUUCUCUCCGGGAACUCUGCAGAUUUACUCGGACAGUCUGCUGACGCUGCCGGCCAUCAUCGGCAUCGGUGGAGGUGGAGGUCUUCUUCUGCUGGUCAUCAUCAUCAUCCUCAUCGCUUACAAGCGCAAAUCUCGAGACGCCGACCGCACGCUCAAACGCCUGCAGAUGCAGAUGCACAACCUGGAGUCCAGAGUGGCCCUGGAGUGCAAAGAAUGUGUUCAGGAGUGUGCAGGCGAGCCUCUCUUCAUGCUGUACUGUGCCAUAAAGCAGCAGAUGGAGAAAGGACCGAUCGACUCCAUCACUGGAGAAGCCAGAUACUCACUGAGUGAAGACAAACUCAUCCGACAGCAGAUCGACUACAAAACACUGACGCUGCACUGCAUUAACCCUGAGAAUGAGAACGCAGCCGAGGUGAUGGUGAAAUGCCUGAACUGUGACACCGUCACGCAGGUCAAAGAGAAGCUGCUGGACGCCGUCUUUAAGGGCACGCCGUACUCACAGCGGCCCAAAGUCGGAGACAUGGAUCUCGAGUGGCGUCAGGGUCGAAUGGCACGUAUUAUUCUCCAGGACGAGGAUGUCACCACCAAAAUCGACAACGACUGGAAGCGUCUCAAUACUCUGGCACACUAUCAGGUAACAGACGGGUCACUGAUCGCAUUGGUUCCCAAGCAAAACUCCGCCUACAACAUCUCCAACUCCUCAACGUUCACCAAAUCCCUCAGCAGAUACGAGAGUAUGCUGAGGACCAGCAGUCCUGACAGCCUGCGCUCUCGGACCCCCAUGAUCACCCCGGACCUGGAGAGCGGAACCAAGCUCUGGCAUCUGGUGAAGAACCACGACCACACGGACCAGCGGGAGGUGGACCGCGGCAGCAAGAUGGUGUCCGAGAUCUACCUGACUCGCCUGCUCGCCACCAAGGGGACGCUGCAGAAGUUUGUAGACGACCUGUUUGAGACCAUCUUUAGCACGGCUCACCGCGGCAGCGCUCUUCCUCUGGCCAUCAAAUACAUGUUCGACUUCUUAGACGAGCAGGCGGACAGACACAUGAUCUCAGACCCCGACGUCAGACACACGUGGAAGAGCAACUGUCUGCCGCUCAGGUUCUGGGUGAACGUGAUCAAGAAUCCUCAGUUUGUGUUCGACAUUCAUAAGAACAGCAUUACCGACGCGUGUCUGUCCGUGGUGGCGCAGACCUUCAUGGACUCCUGCUCCACAUCUGAACACAAGCUGGGCAAAGAUUCGCCCUCCAACAAGCUGCUCUACGCUAAAGACAUUCCCAACUACAAGAACUGGGUGGAGAGGUAUUACUCCGAUAUCUCGCGGAUGUCUGCGAUCAGUGAUCAGGAUAUGAGCGCGUAUCUGGCUGAACAGUCGCGUCUGCAUCUGAAUCAGUUCAACAGCAUGAGCGCGCUGCACGAAAUCUUCUCCUACAUCACCAAAUACAAGGACGAGAUCUUGUCUGCGCUGGAGAGAGACGAACAGUCCCGCCGGCAGAGACUGAGGGCUAAACUGGAGCAGGUGAUCGACACCAUGGCUUUACCCAGCUGA